CAAAUGCAUCAAAACGAAGACAUGUAACAGCUUUUUAAAAAUGGUGAAUUUUUAAAGGCACUGGACUGUCCAGAAGUGUGGCCCCUUCAAAUUGUCCCUUUCCGGAAUUCAAUACAUAUAUGAAUAAACUGACAAUGGUUUUGUACAAUAAUAUAAAUGUUUUAUAUGCUGUUAUAUUUUCAUGUAAAACAAUUCUUUCUUUCUAUGAUUUGAAGACAUUCGAACUUUUUGCUCUGAAACAUGGACCUAUACCUUAACAAGUAUCUAUCUAGAUAGGGUAUAAACCAUCAAAAAUGCUGAUUCAUGUGUAGAUUAGCCAUGCUUUUACUGCUUUUACUAUAUAAAUCCAUUAAUCUUUAGGAAUAACACAAUGUCAAAUAAGGAAGUUAAUGUUCAUUUUUGAAACUGAGAUGCUGCCAUAUUCUUACUGACAGAUUUUUUUGUAACAUUUUAAGUUUUAAAAAGAAUUUGUCCCGGAGUGCAUAAAAAGAUUUAAAAUGGCUGCGUUUGGCAGAAAGGCAUGCCAGAAGUUUCCUUCCUCUAUGUAUAUAGGUUCUGGUGAGGACUUUGAAAUUUUCUGUCAGCCAUGUGACAGGGAUGAUAUCAGACUUUCUGCCUUCUGUUUCUGUGUAGAUUGUGAAGAGCAUCUAUGUGAAUCUUGUUUUAACCAUCACAAGAGAGCUAAACCUUCCAGACAUCAUACCCUCCUUGAUAAGCACAACAUGCCAAAAAGUCUACAGGUUUCUUCACAACCUGAUCCCCAUGCUUUGCCCGGUGGUCUUACAAAACCAUGCUCUACACACAAGAAGGAAAUGAUCAAGUUCUACUGUCAUGGUCAUAAUGCACUUCUCUGCAGUGUAUGUGUAACCCUAAAUCAUCAAAGCGCUACCUGCCAUGUGGACUACAUACCUGAUAUAUCUGGCAAUACUGUCAACAGCAAUGAGUACAGUAAGAUCAUUAUAGAGAUAGAUACCAUGACUGGAAUAUUUAAAGAUACAGCUAGAAACCUGAAGAAAAUGACAGAAAAAUCUAAUGCCUCCUUUAAAGAUGUUCUUGCAGAAAUUAAAAAGUUCAGGAAAGAAAUCAACCAAAGGUUGGAUGCUAUGGAAAAAGAAGCUGAAAAUGCAGCUAAAUCUCUGAAAAAAGACAAUGACCAAAGACUUAAGACAGCACAAGCAACUUGUGAUGAUGUUACAAAAGACCUUCAAGAAUCAUCUGACACCAUCAAACAACUAAACACAUCAAAAGAAGCAGACAAACUGUUCAUGGAAUUGAAAAAUGCUGAACAGCUACUUAAAGAGAAUGAGAGGAAGAUUUCACAGCUAACAACAGCUGGAGAUGUGAAAGAAUAUCACUUUGAGCUAAAUCUGGAUAUAUCUACCCUUUUUGAAAACAAGAAAUCUCUUGGAACAUUAACUACAAAAGCAUUAAAACCACAAAUAAAUGUCCCAGCUAAACUACAGUCCAAACAGUUUUCAUACCAGGGAAAAGUCAACGCGAGAACAUCACAAGAUGAAGAAAGGUGCUGGAUAACAGGAAUGACUCUUCCUACAUCUGACAUACUUGUUGCUGCAGACUGUAAAAACGAAUCAAUCAAAAUGAUCAAUAUCAACAGUUAUUCCAUCAUUGAUCAACUACAACUACAUACCAAUCCCUGGAAUGUCACCACAGUCUCAAAAGACAAACUAGCAGUCACACUGCCAGUUUCAAAAGAAAUUCAGUUUGUAUCAUUUUCAUCAAACAGAUUAAAAAAGACACACACUGUGAAAGUUGAGGCAGAAUGUAAUGGUAUAUACUGUUACAAAGAACAACUCAUAAUGUUAUUUCAGUCACCAGCGAAACUCCAAAUCACUGAUCUGAAAGGCAAAGUACUAAAGUCAAUCACUAAAAAUACAAAUAAAGAAGACAUAUUCAGUCAGCCAAUGCACGUUACAGCCAGCAGCAGCUCUAUCUAUGUAUCUGAUAACAAAAAGAAAGCUGUGAUACAGCUAAACUGGCAAGGUGAAGUGACAGGUACUCAUAGUGUAUUAGGUGCUCCUGCGGGUCUUGCUAUGUUAGCAGAUGGAUCGUUUUUCCUGAGUGAUUAUCAUGAGGAUAUCUGUAAAAUACAAAAUAUAUCUAGUGACUGUACUAGAGGAGAGGUUGUGUUGAAGGAUCUGAAGAGACCCUUUGCUAUCUGCUGGUGUGAGGCCAACAAAACCUUGUACAUCAGCAGCUUUACAGAGAAUGCAUCAGUAGCCAACUUUGUUCAGGUUUACAAGAUGUCAUAAUAACUUCAUCAAGAAAUAUCUGCACCUCUGCCACCACUUAUCGCAGUAUACUUAAAUAACUAUCAAUGCAUUGGUAAAACUGUCAGUGUCAUGAGUGACUGACAUCUAUUCCACACAGUGACUGGUGGAUAGCCUAUAGCAAUCUUUUUCAUUCAGAUUUGUGUCGCAAUGUAAUGAUGCAAGAUUUCAUCUUUAUAAAUUUGUGCAUUAUGAUGUUUCUACUUGUUUUAUUCAUAAACUACAGAAUAACAUUUAGAUAUUUUUUUCUAAUAUUUAGUAUGGGCCACUUUGCAGAAUAUCGUGAAUAUUGCUGAAUUUGAUGUACAAAGUCAUUUCACAUUCAAUUUGUAAUUUUACAGUUUUUUUGUUUAAACUUAAAGGUAUACCCUAAAAUCCCAAAAAUAAGCCAGUUUUGAAAAUAAGCUGGUCUCGAAAAUAAGCCACCAUUUCACUACAGGAAAAAAGGGCUCAUAAAUUAGCCGGAUACAAAAAUAAGGCGUUCCAUUUUUUGUAUCAGUAAUAGUAUUAAUGACUUUGUUAUGACACCAUACAAGAUAGCAAAAGUUACAAACAUGUACAUAGCAGACUUAUUUCUAAAUGUAAUAGCAAUAAAACACUUAAAACAAUGCAAGUUGUGCUGAUUUUUAAAACCCUGGAUAAAUUGAAACAUUAAAAGCAAUAAAAUUCCUGUCUCAAACACUUCUUGUCAUGUCAGUUGUAUUUAUUAAAAUGACCGUUCUAUAUAUCACAAUGCAGUGUUUAAUUGUUUAUCACAUAUUGUGUAUUA